AUGACUCAACAUGCAAAUCGAAGUUGUUCAGUUAGAGAAAAUCAAUCGAAGAAUUUACUUACCGAUGAAGUACCAUCAUUUAGUCUUGGUUUAACACAAGACGAAGUUUUUUAUUUGGGUUCUACUAAUGUUUUCUCUAAGGAAGGUGUUACCAUUGAAGAGUUGAGAUCAAAGCACCGUAACGAUCCCGAAAAGAUUGUGGAAAUAAUGAAAAGGAAAGGAUUGACAAAAACUUCAUCUCCCACAAAAUUUCAAAAAUCAGUGAAAAGAAAAAAGUCGGAUGAAAAAGGAGGAUGUAGUAAAAUUGCAAGUCCCGUUGCAUCAGAUUCUGAAUCUGAACAAGAGAAAGUGGAUGGGGUCAUUCGUGAUCAAAUAUUCAUGGCCCGAAUAUUGUUCAAAUUUGCUUCUCAUAUAGGAUGUCAUACGGUCAAUGACUUUGAGGACCGUAUUAAGACAAUGUUGACGAAGAGUCAGUACAAGAUGUUUUGUACUAAAAGUAUAUUUGGUUUCUUCAUGAAGAAGAAAGAUUGUGUAGUCCAAACCCAGUUAGGGAGAUGCAUUAUGUCACUUGAAACUAGGAAAAGUUCUACAAGUGCCAUAGUUAUUAGAGCAAAGAGCACAAUUCUUCAUUUCACUAUUAGAGAGUUUGCUUUGGUGACUGGUUUGAAUUGUGCUACAAAUAAGGAUGAAUUUGUGUUUGACGAGGAGACACCAAAUAAAAUUAUUGAUCAAUAUUUUGAUGUUGAUACCGUAGCUAUUCCACGCCUCAACUUUGAUUUGGUUGAGAGUGGUUGCUACAGUGAUUAUCCGUGGGGAUCGGUUGCAUUUAAAGAAUUAUCUAGAAGUGAAUUCUCAAAUCCCUCGUAUUUGAACUGGAAGACAAAUUCUCCUCGUCCAAGAUAUGAAACUCUUAUGGGAAGUAUGUUUGAUGAUACAGAUGACAAGGUUGUUUUUAAGAAUAUUGAGCCAUCAAGAAAGGAGAUUUCAGCUUUUCAUAUAGCGAAUAAGUUUGUUCCUAGAUCUGCUAGUCAUAAUGAAGAUGACAUUGAUUCGGAUGAUGAUUUUCAAGAUCCUUCACAAAGACAAAAUCAGUUUACCACAAAGAAAAAACAUCAUGGUGAUUUCUCAGCUUCACCUGUAAAGAAAAAAAUGAAGCCACAUCCUAAAGGUGUAGAUGAGCUGAUAUCAAAACAAACUCUUCCACCCCGUGCUGCGAAGAUGGCUUUUGUCAGGACUCCAAUUCACAAGCCAAUUCAAAUAAAAGUUACGCUACAUGGAAAUAGGAAAGACAUAAAUCAGCCUGACAGUAAAAAAUCUAUUUCAGUUCAGCCACCUGCUCCGUCUUCGUUCAGUUCUGAAGAUGAAAACGCUGUUGUCUUGAAGAAAGUCUUUGAUAAGUUUUGUGAAAAGGUAUGGCAAGAGUUUAAUGAUGUCCAUGGCCUGGUGUCUUCCAGGUUUGAUCGGAUGAUGAAUGCAAUUAAUGAAAAUAAGCCACCAACGGAUGAAAAUGUUAAGAGUACAUUACCCCAUCAAGCGACUACAAAGUUUGUUCAUGAGUUUAAUAAGAAUCCUGAAGGCACAUUGGUUGCCAAAGAGAUGGCAGGAUAUCGAAGCAACAGUAUGAAUGAUGUAUAUAAUGAGAUUGAUGGGUACAAUGAGGAUAAUGACAUUGUUAUGGAAAAAACUGAUAUAGAUGUUCAUGAAGCAAGAGAUGUUUGUGUCGCUCCGAUCACAAAAUCAGUUGACGAAAGUAUUGGUGAAACACAAAUAUCAGAAUCUCAACUCACAUUUUCAGAUGGCGUCCUUAGAAGCAUUGAUCUUGACUCUAUAACAAAAGACAAUGUUGAAGUUGAAGAUGAGUUCAAGACCAAAGAAGGUGCAAUCGAGAUGAAUGUAAAUACACCAGCGGGACAUGAGUCAGAGGUUGAUAAUGUGGAUAAUUCAAAGUUAGAUCAGAAAUAUAAGAGUGUAGUCCACAUUUCUGCGGGAGUAAAUGUUGAAAGCAAUGCUGAUCAACAUUUGUCUGACUCUCAGAGCACUCUUUCGGAUGAGCUUCUUCCCAGUCUUAAUGCGUAUGUCAAUCUUGAACGAAGUAUAAUUGUACAUCCAUCGGCAAAUCAAGCACAACAAACGCCAAUGCAUGUUUCAAGGAUUAGGCGACCAUCUAGAUACAAUGAGUCACCAUUCACAAUGAAAUUUGGUUCAGCAGAUGUAAAUGUUUAUAAUGAGAUAUGGAACAACAAAGAAGAACAUUAUUUGAAGGAAAAGGCAAAAAUACCAGUUAUCAACUUUGGAAUUUUAUCUGUUGAAGACAAGAAUUGGUUCUACGUUAUGGGUACUCCUAGCCAGACAUGGUCAGAUGAGCAAAUUAAUGUAUGCUUAUACUAUCUGCGAAAGAAGUUCAAGUAUGAUCUCAAUAUCUCAUAUAAGUUUAGCACUGUAGACUGUAAUUUCAUGAACAUUGUUACAACUGUGUUUGAUGUGUAUAAAUUGAAUGAUGAAACUCUUAAUGCUGGUGGAAAAAAAUAUCAUCUGAAUGAGUAUAUAAGUGGAUUCCGCAUGCAUGCUACAGUGUCAUGGCAUACGGUUGAUCAUAUGUUCAUUCCUGUUCACAUAAAUGCAAAACAUCAUUGGGUUCUUGCAGUUAUAUCUUUCAAUCAUAGGUGUAUAUAUGUAUAUGAUUCUUUGUCAGCUGCCGGUCAUGAUGCGACAGUACUUACUGAAAUUGAAAAGUUAGCUAAGAUUAUACCUAUAUGUCUCAUUGAAUGUAAAUUCUAUGAGAAUAAGGGUAUUGACAUCGACAAUCAUCCUAAUUACAAAUUGAAUGAUAAGAUGGAUCCGUUUGGUGUUUCAAUUGUGGAGAAUGUGCCUCAACAACCAAGUGGCAGCUUGGAUUGUGGUUUAUAUAUGGUUACGUAUACCGAGUGUCUUACUUUUGGUGAAGCUGUCCCAUUUAUUGACUUUGACCCAGAUCUAAUUCGCAUAAGAUACGCUUCAUUGUUGUGGGAUUAUGGUAAUAGGAAAGCAAACGCAAAGGCACAAAGUGAUGAUGACGCACCAAUGAGGCCUCUUCGGAUCACUGAGUUAAUAGAAGGCACUGAAGUGGUUGAUAUUUGA